AUGUUGAAAAAGUACUCUUCAAUAGCCUAGAUGCAACAAGAUGGUGUCAAAUCUGAUAGAUUUCUGUUUGCAUAUCGUAACAAUGUCUUUGAUCUAACACAUUUUGUAGAUGAUCACCCUGGAGGAAGGUUCUCUCUCUAAACCUUCAAGGGCAAAGACUUAGAGAAUAUUCUAUUUAAUGCAUCCAUCCACAGACACUAACCCUCAGUACUCUCUUCUCUUGAGCAAUAUAAAUGUGGUGUAAUUGAAAUCAAAAAUCCUUAAGACACUAAACCUAAGCCCUAAGUUACUGCUACAACCAAAUCCAACACUCCUUCAAAGAAUGACCAAAUCUGCAAAACCUAAAUGUCAGACGACAAGACCAAUAGAUCAAACAUCACCUCAAAAUCUAAAGUCAGUAUUUAAUAGUAGAGCAAUAUAUUAUCGACUGAUUCUAAUUAGGUAAAGAAAUCAAACUUAAAAUAAAAUUCAAAAACCAAAUCUAUCAAUAAGACUGAAAAUAUUAUUGCAGAAUCAACUACAACAAUUAAAUCUGAUCGAAAUAUCUUAAAUCAAUAAAAGCUUUAAGAAACACAACAAACCUAACUUUCAAAAAGUUCACUUUCUUUAGCUUCUAAUCAAAAAAUUUCACUACUAUCCCCACAGAUUAUUCAUGAAGAAGAUGAAUCUCAACCUUCUCCACUAAAUAAUAAUGUAGAAAAAUUUGAAUGCGGAUUUAUUCCAGAAGACAUAGUGAAUUUACAAGUUCCCAUUUUAAAUUACUAACUUACUGGAUAUCUUAGGUUGAAACAUACCCUUUAAAAUUGA